AUGGCAGAUUUAUCAGAUAUUAGGAGUGGGAAUGCAAAUACUAAGGUUUCUGUUUUAUUUAGAGAUGAACAAUACUGCCCAAUUGUGGGAGAUACAAAAGGAAGAAAUGUAGAGACCAAUAAAAGGAGAAUUCCAUUUGGUAUGACCGAGCUAACUUUGGAGCAUGAAGCAGCAUUGAAAGGUUUAUUUGAUACAUUGAAUACACAUGGAGAUGGUAGAAUUAGACUUAAUGAUUUAAUAAUUGCCUUGAGAAGAGCUUUUGAUAAUGGUACUGUCACAUUUUCGAGGCAUGAAGCCUCAGCUGCAGAAAUUACUGGCGAGCACAUUGAUAGCGAGCUUGAGAAACUUAAAGAAGAUUUUGAUAUGAACGGAGAUGGAACUUUGAACUUUGACGAAUUUAGACGUUUAGCAAGAAUGAAGAUUUUGAGAUUAAGUCGUGAUGACGAAAUUCAGUUGGGUUUUAGACUAUUAGAUAGAAAUAAUAGUGGUUAUAUUACUACUUUAGAAUUGAAACAGUUAUUGACAACAAAAGGAAUUUCUCCACUAUCAUCCGAAGAAGCUGAUGAACUUCUGUUUAUUGCAGAUGUUAAUCAUGAUGGAUUAAUAAGUUAUGAAGAGAUUAAGAGAUAUUUGGAAUAUAAUAGGAAACCUCUUCUGAAUUAG